AUGGCUGGUCGAAAUAAUCACAAUAAUAGACAGAUAUUGGAACAAGUGAGCUCUUUAGCUACUUAUGCUGCUUGCUUAGUAGCUAUUUGGUUUUGGACUUAUGUACGUGAAAUUGAAAAUGACCGACGUGCGAUCACACAUGAUAUACGGCUGGAAAAUGAACAAGAUUGUAUUGGUGCAACUUAUGGAACACAUAUACGUUUUAAAGUUUCACAAAGUGAAGCACCCAAAUAUCGUGGAAGAAAAGAUUAUCCAACACAAAAUGUAUUGGCUGCAUGCACAUUUGAUUUAAAAUUCACAUAUGUGUUAGCUGGUUGGGAAGGGGCGGCAUCUGAUUCAAGAAUCAUGAAAGAAGCGUUAAAUAGACAAAACCCACUAAAACUUCUAGAAGGAAAAUACUACCUUGUUGAUGUUGGAUUGAUGUUGAGAAGUGGACUUAUUAUGCCUUAUUGGGGGGAGCGAUAUCACUUGAAAGAGUAUUCAAGAAAUCUACCUCGAAAUCCUCGCGAAUUAUUUAACCUGCAACACGCAUCUUUGCGUAAUGCUAUUGAACGAGCUUUUGGAGUUCUUAAGAAGAGAUUUCCUAUCAUUUCUAGUUCAACUGAACUAUCAUAUGGUGUUGAAACCCAAAAGCUUAUUAUUUUUGCAUGUUGUAUUUUGCACAACUACUUAAGAGGUGCAAAUCCAAAUGAUGAAUUACUUGCGCAAGUUGAUGCGGAGCUUAUGAAUGAUAAUGAUGUGCAUAAAGAACCACCAAAUCCUAGGAAAAGUAAUGAGGAGUUUAGAAGGGGGCAGUUGAUUAGAGGUGGCAUAGCAGCUAACAUGUGGACUAAUUAUCAAGUUUAA